UUUCAAGAUAUCAUUGCAUGUAUUCCUUAGGGAAGUGAUAAUUGUUUUAUAGAUAACCAAAACCUUUAGACAGCUAAUUGCAGUGUAUUAAACAUUUACUUAAAACAUCUUUACAUUAUGAUGAAAUCUAAAUCUAUUUCGAUAUAUUUGCUGCAUUAACAAAAUGAAUACCAAACAAAUGAAGGAUUUAAGACUUGAUGUAGAACUUGUCAAUACCUCUGGCGUGGAUGUUCCAACGUCUGAUAUAACUACAAAUACUGAAAAUAUAUCUGAGAUGAAAUCUUACGAUGAAGUACUUGAUGAAAAUGUCGCCAAAGAAACAAAUGAUGUGGAAGGUAAAAAUGCUGGUACAACUAAAGAAAUCAGCAAUGGUUUUGAACGGAAAUAUAGCAAGAAUGUCAAUGGGAUAGAAAAUGCAGGUUAUCUGAACGACCCGGAUGCUAUGAAUGGUCGAACUAUAAAGGAGAUCGAUUUAAAUGAAAGUGCAAAGGUUGGUAACGGGCGAUAUGAUGGUAAUAUUGGUGCCGUGACCAGGAACGAACCGGCUAUAAUAACAAGUGACAAAAGCGAUGCAACAAAAAAGAGGAAACGUGAUUACAAAGCUAAUUUAUGGAAAACAGUGUUUCUGCUUUGGAAUAUUACUAAUUUGGGAUGGGAUUACGGACAAAUUGGACCGAUAUUCCCCGAUCUUCAAGACAUAGCAGGUGUUUCAUUGAGUCAAGGAUCAUGGUUUUUCACAUCCUUUGCUGUUGGCUACUGUUUUGGAUGCUUAAUCAGCGGAUUCAUCCAAUCAAAGGUCAACUCACACAUUAUGUUGUUUUUAUACACAAUGUUAUCGGCUGGGUCUAUGACAUUGUUACCUUGGAUACCAACCUUCGAGGUCAUGACUUUACUGCGUGCAUUGCAUGGAUUUGGUAUCGGAGGUCAAGACACGUGUGUCCAUUCGAUGCUGUUCGGACUUUGGGGUCAUAAAGUAGGACCAUAUUUCCAGAUGCUGCACGUUCUCUAUGCGGUUGGUGGGGUUGUCUCUCCAUUAAUAACAAAACCGUUUCUCCGAGAAGGCAAGUAUUAUUUGUUUUGUCUAUAUUAUAAAUUACAUAUAAAGAUUUUGACACGGUUAAAUGGUCCUGUAAAACCGGCUGUAGUCAUAUAUAACCCGAGGCAUAAAAACGGUGUUCCGCGCUUUUUAAGUUAGCUCUUUUAUUCGGCGGUUACAUUUCCGCAAAUGUUUGUAUUCGCGAAGAAGUUGCAUGUAAAAAUCCGCACGUUCACUUAGAUUAUUAUGAUGUACUAUGAUGUAGAAUGCAUAACUUUUACCUAUGCUUAAAUGAUACACAUUUCAAAAUAAGAUUUCCCUUUGAAAAACGGUUGCUGUUUGAAAGUAUCCAUUAUUUGCAGAUAAAAUAAACAUAUAAUACAUGUACAUGUUAUUUUCGGCUUGCAUACUUUGAAUGGGUGUAAUUUUACUUGCAUCUCGGACUAUUUCCUGCAGAAAAUGUUCUCGGCCUUACAGCCUCCAUCAUUUUCUGAAGAGAUAGACUAUCG